UUGGAAAAGUGUUCAUAUUUUACUAUGGCCGCAAAGCUGUCGUUCUAUCAACAGGCCUAAAAUAUAUUCCGAUAAAUAUGUUUUUCUUCAUUUAUUUGGAUCUAGGCUAUACAAUAUUGACAAUGUUUGCAAGACGCGUCGCAUGUCUGACGGAUCACGUUUGAAAAGCAAGACGAGAAACGAAACAGAAAGUAAAGAGGUCCGGGGAAAUUGAGUCCGGCUCUUAUAAACGGGGCUCGGUGAACUCUCUCAGCGAUAUCUCAUCAACAUGAGCUGCGAGCAGGACGCCGAGACGGGUCAUGCGCUCGGCUGUUUCAGGGACAGACUGAAGCGGCUCAUUCGGGUCGAGCCACUUCUGGAUCUGCUGCAUUUCCUCGAACCGGAUCGAAAGGACCGGAUUAAAGCCAAGUUCCGCGAGGAGGGGGACAUAAGCGCCGCGGCGUUUCUGAUUGACGAGAUUAUUCAUUCAAAAAACUACGAACAAGGAUGGUCGAGAGAGCUGAUCACCGCGCUGGAGACUGUCGGCUGCAAACACGCUGCAAAGUACGUGCUGAACAGCCCACCGGAGCCCACGGAAGAGGCCGAGAACGACAGCUGCGUCCGGCUGAUCGACCUCCUGCAGCUCACGCUGGUCAGCAUGAAGACCGCAGACGUGUGCGCACACUGCCGCGCGCUGGGGCUCCUGACGCCGGAGGACCAGGAGAACAUUAUGAAACUCACUGAGAAUCAAGGGAACAUAGGUGGCGCUCGGCUGCUUCUCAAGAGGCUGGUGAAAAACGAAGCUGGCUGGUUUUCCAAAUUCCUUCAGGCUCUGGAAGACACGGAGCACCAUGACCUGGUGCGAGAGCUGCGGGGAGAGCCGUGUAACGAGGACGAGGCCAUGUCAGUCGAGACUGUUGAGGAGGGUGAACAGACAUGUUUGGAGACUAUGCCGGUUCUCCCUCCCGUUCUCUCAGCGAACAGCUCGCUUCUGUCAGAGGAUCUGGACAGCAGUGUGGACAGCGGCGGUCUGUGUACGUCUGCUGACAAUGAAGAGGUCGACAUGUACAAAGAAGUUGAGGAGGAAGAGGAAGAAGAUCUCACAGAGGAUGAUGAUCCGUCAGAGGAAAGUAAAAGCAAUAUUGUACUGCGUGACUAUCAGAUGGAGGUGGCGAGACCAGCUCUGGAGGAAAAGAACAUCAUCAUCUGCCUCCCUACAGGAAGUGGGAAAACCAGAGUUGCUGUGUAUAUCACUAAAGAACAUUUGGAGAGGAAGAAGCAGACGGGACAACCGGGCAAAGUUGUUGUUUUGGUCAACAAGGUUCCCCUGGUCGAGCAGCACUACAAGGCCGAGUUUGGGCGGUUUCUGAAGCACCAGUACUCAGUGGAGCGGGUCAGCGGAGCCUCGCAGCUCAAAAUCUCCUUCCCACAAAUCAUCGAGCAAAACGACAUCAUCAUCUGCACAGCACAGAUUCUGGAAAACUCUUUGGCCAAAGCCAAGAACGGUGACGAGGACGGGAUCAAAUUAUCACAGUUCACUCUGAUGGUUAUUGACGAAUGCCACCAUACGAAGAAGGGCGGUGUGUAUAACCACAUCAUGAUUCGCUACCUAAAACAAAAACACCAGAACCAGCUACUGAAGAAGCAGGAGAAGAGUCCAGUUCCGCUCCCUCAGAUUCUGGGUCUGACGGCCUCACCUGGUGUGGGAGGAGCGAUGAGCCAGCAGAUGGCAGAGGAACACAUUCUCCAGGUAAUAUCGACACUCCCUUCCGGUAUUGCUUCUUCAGCUUCUGUGCUGUUCUGCAAGUCUACAGACCCGUUUGGAGACGUGAUCAAGAAGAUAAUGGAUAAAAUCCACAAACACGCAGACCUGAAGCUCCUCUGUGAGCCCGGCACACAAAACUACGAACAGUGGGUCGUACAGAAAGAGCAGAACGCUGCUAAGGAAGAGAAUCAGAUGGUGCGCGUGUGCGCUGAACAUCUCCGUCAAUACAACGAGGCUCUUCAUCAGAGCAACACCAUACGCAUGUCAGAUGCCUUCCGCUUCCUCGACAAAUAUCACAACGAAGAGCUCAAGACCAAAUCCAGCCCCGAUGAGGAAGGCACCAUUACAAUCACAGACACUGAGCGAUUCCUCUUCACUUUGUUCAAAGACAAUAAAGCAAAGCUGCAGGAGUUGAUGGGAAAGCCGCAGUAUGAAAACAACAGUCUGGCCCAGCUGAAAACCAACAUCCUGAAGGAAUUCAGCACCAGAGAGAUGGCGAGAGGCAUCAUAUUCCCCCAGACCCGCCUCAGCGCCAUUGCUCUCUGCCAGUGGAUUCAAGAAAACCCCAAGUUUGAUGAAGUGGGAGUCAGAGCCAGCUAUCUGAUUGGUGGAGGAGAUCAGAGUGUGGUGAAACCGAUGACUGCUGCAGAGCAGAAGGACGUGCUGAACAAGUUUCGUGACGGGCAGAUCAAUCUGCUAAUAGCCACCACUGUAGCAGAAGAGGGUUUGGACAUCGCCGAAUGUAAUUUCGUCAUACGCUAUUGCCUUGUGACCAAUGAGAUCGCCAUGAUUCAGGCCCGUGGUCGAGGAAGAGCAGAGGACAGUAGUUACACGCUGGUGGCGGAGGCAGGAUCUGGGGUGGCAGAGAGAGAGAGUGUUAACGAAUACAGAGAGAAAAUGAUGAGCACAGCCAUCGCCAAAGUGUGCAAGAUGAAUCGAGCAGACUACGAGAAGAAAACCAGAGAGUUUCAGAUGCAGGCCAUAAUGGAGGAGAAGGUGAAGAUAAAGAAGAAACAGAGGAAGGGAAUGAUGAAAGAACCGCCGUCUAAAAUCAGCCUGAGCUGCAGGCAGUGCAGUGUGUCCGUGUGCUCUGGAGAAGACAUUGAGAAGAUAGAGAACAUGCACCAUGUCAACGUCACAAAGCAAUUUAGUAAGCUGUUUACAGUCCGAGAGAAUGCAUCACUACAGGAGCGACUCCUGGACUAUGAGACCAAUGGAGUCAUUGCGUGCAAAAACUGCGGACAGCAAUGGGGCUCGAUGAUGCUGUAUAAAAGCAUUGAGUGUCCCUGCCUCCAUAUCAAGAACUUUGUGGUCACAUACAGCUCCAAGAAGAAGACAUUCAGCAAAUGGAGCGAGUUGCCCAUAAAGUUCCCCGCGUUUGAUUACACUCAACACGCCGAUCUCCUCGUAGAGGACUCCGGGGAAGAAGACAUGGAAACUGACUGAAAAUAAAGACCAGAAGAUAUUCAAUCUCAUCUCUGAUACAAUCAAUCAGAUGUCAUAACCUGUAAAAUGAUGCAUCUACCAAGUCUGUUCUGCUGCAAGCACUGGCACUUCUCAAC